CGAUUACGAUACGCUCCGCCUAUGUAUCAUAAGACAGGAAGCAGGGCAGGGCCUGUGCACUGUUUCCCUUCCAGCAGCGGAGAGAGGGCGCUGAGCUGUCACACCAUAUACAUCCUGCUGCUUCCCCACUCGCUGCUGCCGCUCAACAUGCCGAAAGAGGAAUUUUUUGUGGACAUGACCUGUGAAGGCUGCUCGAAUGCUGUGACCCGUGUCCUCUCUCGUCUGGACAAUGUUCAGUAUGAAAUUGAUUUGCCAAACAAGAAAGUGACAAUACAAUCCGAUAAUUAUUCUGUGGACCAGUUAUUGGAGACCCUGAAGAAGACUGGAAAAGAAACAAAACACUUAUGCACUAAAUAAUGUGAGGAACAGAUGAAAGAAUGGUGAUGGAUCGGCUUACUGGUGAACAUACAGAAUUUCUCUGAGGACUGUAUCUAGCAGCUGUAGUGAGGAGACAUUGGAUUAUGACCCUGUAUCUCAAUUAGUCAUCUAGAUAAUGAUUGUAACAGCGGGAUAGGGGAAAGAACAUUGCAUAUGUAUUUUGUAUAUGUAAGUGCCUCGGUUUUCAUUUUUGAUAAGUCUCACAAUUACUAAAAUGUCUGAGUAUAGUUUAGCUAAUGCAGAUAGAAGUGAUAUGUACCAAUAAAGGAAUCCAUUGUA